AUGGCCGCCGCCGGCGCGUCUUCCAUCUCCGUCACCGUACGAGUCCGCCCUUUUACCAUUCGAGAGGCAGCCCAAGUCACGAGAAAUGACGACCAAACACUCUUCCUCGGCGAGGGCUCGCUGGCCGGAGUGCCUGCUCCUAAGCUGCACAAGGGCAUCCGACCCGUAAUCAAGGUCAUGGACGAGAAGUGCUUGAUAUUCGACCCCCCGGAAGACAACGCUUACACGCGGUUUGGGCGUUCAACCACCGGGCCCCAAGGCAAACGAUCAAAAGACCAAACAUUUGCAUUUGACCGCGUCUUCGACGACACAGUGUCUCAGAGCGAUGUAUACGAAGCUACAACGAAGCCUCUGCUGGACAGUGUGCUGGAGGGAUACAAUGCCACUGUCUUUGCGUAUGGAGCCACGGGUUGUGGAAAAACACAUACCAUCACCGGAACAUCACAACAGCCCGGCAUAAUCUUCCUCACCAUGCAAGAGCUCUUUGAGAAGAUCCAGGAGGUGCAAGACGAAAGGGCCACCGAGAUUACGCUGUCAUACUUGGAGAUUUACAACGAGACGAUUCGCGACCUGUUGGUCGAAGGGGGCAGUAAACAAGCGCUAAUGCUGCGCGAGGAUGCGAACCAGGCCGUCUCCGUAGCCGGCCUGUCAAGCCACAGGCCUCAGAAUGUUCAGGAAGUCAUGGACAUGAUUGUCCGCGGCAACGAGUACCGAACCAUGUCUCCUACCGAAGCCAAUGCAACUUCGUCCCGAUCGCACGCAGUGCUUCAAAUCAAUGUGUCGUCGAAAGACCGCAAUGCUUCCAUCAACGAGCCCCACACAAUGGCUACCCUCAGUAUCAUUGACUUGGCAGGUAGUGAGCGAGCAAGCGCUACAAAAAACCGCGGAGAGCGUCUGACUGAAGGUGCCAAUAUUAACAAAUCUCUUCUUGCAUUGGGAAGCUGCAUCAACGCCUUGUGCGAUCCUAGGAAACGCAACCACAUUCCGUACCGCAACUCGAAGCUGACCCGAUUGCUCAAAUUCUCUCUCGGAGGCAACUGCCGAACUGUGAUGAUUGUCUGCGUCAGUCCGUCCAGCGCUCAUUACGAUGAGACUCAGAACACGCUGCGCUACGCCAACCGCGCAAAGAACAUCCAGACCAAGGUCACAAAGAACGUAUAUAAUGUCAACCGGCACGUAAAGGACUACCUUGUCAAGAUUGACGAGCAGAGGCACCUGAUUGAGGAAUUGAUGAAGAAGCAGAAGGAUUUCGAGGGCAGUGCGUUCAUCAAAUACCAGAAACAGAGCGAGAAGAAGGACGGCAUUCUGCGAGACGCCAUUAUACGUCUCCGCCAGGCCUUUUCCGACUCUGAGCCUGAACGUAAAGAGCGACUCAACAUGUCCAAGACACUUAAGCAAGCCGAGAAGCGCAUCUCGCUCAUCUCUGCCUGGAUCGCAGCAUUCGACAAUAUCAAGGAUGUUCGGGAAAACGAAGAGAUGCCUUCGCAAGUCACUGCAAUGAGGGAUACCGCGGUCGGAAUCUCCGCAGAGCUCGAGCAAACGCGACAACACUGCCACAGACGGCUGGAACGUACAAACUGGACAAGCAAAAUGGACACUGCUUUCCAAGUGGGUAUGAGGGCCCUGGCAGAGGUGGACGGCAACGCUGAUGGCCGCGAUUCUGCCAAUCUCACAAGAGAAUUUGAAUUGCUCAAAUCGAAUGCCGACCGCGAAAUCCUCACUGCCCUGCUUGACAUGGAACGAGGCGGGGACGCGGCCGUUGUCCAGGUGCUUGUCCAGGCGCAUAUCGAGACUGUUGCAAUUCUAAGCCAAAUCACCCAAAUGGACGAGGCCGAUGCGGUGGCCGCAGCACGCAAACUGCUUACCAAGAUCAUGAACUCUUGCACAAACGCUACUUCGCAGGCUAUCCGUCCAGAUGGUGGCUUGCUGGUCACAGAAUUCUUUGAGCCAAGCCAUAGGGGCACACCGAAGCGAAGGAAGCCUGUCAAUAUCAUGGAGCCCUCUCCAAUGCGCCCGAUAGCUUUGCCAGCGCUGGCUGAUGCGUCUCACCUUACUGCGUCACCUGCGAAGGCGUCGCCACGCCGAAAGAAGCUAAUGGGCGCAGUGAAGAAAGGCGUACAGUUCUCCCCGAUGAAGAAGAAGUCCCCAGCAAAGAUUAAACGAGGAGUCCGCUGGAGGGACGAUACCGAGAACGGCACCCUUGCUGAAUUCCAAAAGACACCAGAGCACAUUGAAAGCACACCCACUACCACCUCACUCGAUUUGCCGCAACCAAAAUUCACCGGGCAUGUGCCAACACCGAGAUAUGAUGGAGGUAGCCCUUCGUCUAUACCUACCCCGCCAAAGUCGACUGUCGAUUUGAAAGGUUCGUCGCGAUUCGCAGUUGGUGCUCUGUCAAAACGUUCUGAUGGUUCGCCUAACUCACGAAUCAGCAACACAUACGCUUCAGACUCGGACAACCACUCGCCGUUACGGGAGAUUGCCAACAACUCCCGUAGCUCGGCCUUGAGCCACGUACAGAAUGCAUCUUCUACCCAAGAGGCCGAUAGCGGCAACUCGAGCUCAGAAGGAGAAAAGUGGACCGCCUCAGAUGCGCGCAAGAUUAGCCAUGCAAUUCGACGCCGUUCAUCUAUCAACCCAGGAUCCAACCCACUCAACCGCGCUCACCGACGGCGCAGCCCAGCAGCAGCAACCAUUGGCAGUCCGCCCAACGAGAAUUCGCUUCUCUCUGCAGGUGCGGCCCGUCGCAUGGUCAAGUCGCACCAUGAUGUUGACUGGAAGCACAGCGUACUCAGUCCACGGGUCACGCCUAUCAUGAAGGUUGCUGCAAGACGUACGACAGUGGCCAAUGGCGACGACCGACCUCGGGAGGCACCGUCAAGCCUGGGUUCGCGAGCGCCUGUCCGGAUUGCUAGUGGUUCUUCUAGAGGCAGUCUGAUGCCUGGUUCUAAGAGCGCCUGGCGUUAAUUGGUUUCUUCUUGCUGGCCAGAAUGGAGAAAUGGAGAUGCAUGUUUGGGUUUUGAUGGUUCUUCGAUACGCUUGUUCUACUACCCUAUCCUCAUUCUGUCGAUUCCGGAUGUCCCGGCGUUCCGGAUCUUUCCCCCGC